AUGCCACAAGGAAACUACUUUGCAAGUCAUUUCUUUAUGGGAGGAGAGAAGUUUGACACCCCUCACCCCGAGGGCUACCUUUUUGGUGAGAACAUGGAUCUGAACUUCCUCGGGAACAGACCUGUUCAGUUUCCCUAUGUAACUCCAGCUCCACAUGAGCCUGUGAAGACACUGAGGAGUUUGGUGAAUAUCCGCAAGGACUCUCUCCGUCUUGUCAGGUAUAAAGAUGAUGUUGACAGUCCUACAGAGGAGAGUGGGAAGCAGAAGGUCCUGUACAGCCUGGAGUUCACGUUUGAUGCCGAUGCCCGUGUUGCCAUCACCAUCUACUGCCAGGCUACAGAAGAGUUUGUUGGGGGCAUGGCAGUAUACAGCACAAAGAAUCCCUCUCUGCAGUCGGAGACGGUUCAUUACAAGAGGGGGGUGAGCCAGCAGUUCUCCCUGCCUUCCUUCAAGAUUGAUUUCUCAGACUGGAAGGAUGAUGAGCUGAACUUUGACUUGGAUCGUGGGGUGUUCCCUGUGGUCAUCCGGGCGGUGGUGGAUGAAGGGGAUGUGGUGGUUGAGGUGACGGGCCAUGCCCAUGUUCUUCUGGCUGCAUUUGAAAAGCACGUUGAUGGCAGUUUCUCCGUGAAGCCCUUAAAACAGAAGCAGAUUGUUGACCGAGUGAGUUACCUGCUUCAGGAGAUCUAUGGCAUCGAGAACAAAAACAACCAAGAGACCAAGCCUUCAGAUGAUGAGAACAGUGACAACAGCAACGAGUGUGUGGUUUGCCUGUCAGACCUGAGGGACACCCUGAUCCUGCCCUGCAGGCACCUCUGCCUCUGCAACUCCUGCGCCGACACCCUGCGCUACCAGGCCAACAACUGCCCCAUCUGCAGGCUCCCCUUCCGUGCCCUGCUGCAGAUCCGGGCAGUGAGGAAGAAGCCGGGAGCUCUGUCGCCCGUGUCCUUCAGCCCCGUCCUGGCGCAGAGCGUUGACCACGACGAGCACUCUAGCUCUGACAACAUCCCUCCAGGCUACGAGCCCAUUUCCCUGCUGGAAGCACUGAAUGGCCUUCGCUCUGUUUCCCCCUCCAUCCCCUCAGCUCCUCUCUACGAUGAGAUCAACUACUCGGGGGUGGUGGAUGGGAUCCCCCCCACCAGCCGCCCCCUGGUGGGCAUGGACAGAGCCCUGGAGAGCAGCCACCAAAAGGGCAAGAGGAGCAAGUCCCCAGAUAGCACCCUGCGCUCCCCCUCGUCCCCCAUCCAUGAGGAGGAUGAAGAGAAGCUCUCUGAGGACUCCGACUCACAGCCAACCCUGGGGGGUCCUGAGCUGGUCCUGAGAGAGACCAGCCCUCCAGAGAGUGUGGCUGAGGAGGAGAUCGAGGAGGCCUCGUCCCUGCAGCAGGGGGGAGCAAAAUCACCAGAUCCCCCUGGUUUCUUUGCCAAGCAGGAUGUGCCCCGUGUCUUUGGGAUGGGUCUGGGGUGCUCAAUGCAGAUGCGAUUUGACGGACUACUGGGCUUUCCCGGGGGGUUCGUGGAUCGCCGUUACUGGUCCCUGGAGGACGGUCUGAAUCGGGUGCUGGGCUUGGGUUUGGGCUGUGUGCGCCUGACGGAAGCUGACUAUCUGUGCUCGCACCUGACAGAGGGGCCACACCGUGUGGUGGCACAUUUCUACGCCAGGCAGCUGACCCUGGAGGAGCUGCACACCAUCGAGAUCAGCGCGGUGCAUUCCCGAGACCACGGGCUGGAGCACUGGCCCUGCCUGCACACCCAGGCCUGGCUGAGCCCAGAGCUCCUGCACUCAAGUCCCAGUUUCAAAAUUUGA